UCUUGGCUAGAGUAAACAUUGUUUUCCUGUUUUUGUUCUCAUUUAUAUGAAGGCAGGUAGAUGGAAGCGGCAACUGAAGUCCGGCAUUGGGAUGAAUUGAUACCUGAAGCAUUGAUUAUAUUCAACAGCCUUUCUUUUAAAGAGAAGUUAACAGUGGUACCAAUGGUUUGCAAACCAUGGAGCAAGGCGGUUAUGGAUUCUGACUGCUGGCGAGAGAUUGACAUUGAGGAGUGGAGUAAUAAUGAAUGCCAGUCGCAACACCUUGAUUCAAUGAUUGAAAUGCUGGUUGCAAGAAGAAGUGGAUCAAUGAGAAAACUGUGUGUUUCUGAACUCCAAAACGACAUGAUUUUCUCCUUCAUUGCUGAAAAUGCCCUUCAGACCUUGAGACGGCGAAGAAGUGAAAUAGGUGAUUCAAUAGUAGAACAGACAAUCAGAAGGUUUUCUAACAUCCCCUUUUUGGAUCUAAGCUACUGUGGUAAAAUUGGUAGUCAUGCUCUGAAGGCCAUUGGAAUGAACUGUAAAUUGCUCAUGGGACUGUGACGGAACAGACAUCCACCAUACUCUGCCGGCAUGCAUAUGAAUGAUGAGGCUCAUGCCAUUGCCACCACAAUGCCUAGACUGAAGCACCUUGAGAUAGCAUACCAUGUGAUAAACACACAAGGGGUUCUUCAAAUACUCGAGAGCUGCCCUGAGCUCGAAUUCUUGGAUUUGAGAGGGUGUUGAGAUGUUCAACUAGAUGACAAGUUCUUUGGGGAGAAGUUCCCAAAAUUGAAGGUUUUAAGACCUGCUGUGGAUGGCUGCUAUGAUGAGGACUUUAAAUGUUGCAGGGGUAACUCGGAUGCUACGUGA